GUGGUAAAAGCCGUCCGGAAAAUGGCCGCCGCCGCCGCUGCCGCGCCGAGCGGAGGAGGAGGAGGAGGCGAGGAGGAGAGACUGCUCCAUAAAAAUACAGACUCACCAGUUCCUGCUUUGAUGUGACAUGUGACUCCCCAGAAUACAUCUUGCUUCUGUAGACCAGCUCCAACAGGAUUCCAUGGUAGCUGGAAUGUUAGGGCUCAGGGAAGAAAAGUCAGAAGAGCAGGAUCUCCAGGGCCUCAAGGACAAACCCCUGAAGUUCAAAAAGGUGAAGAAGGAUAAGAAAGAAGACAAAGAGGGCAAGCAUGAGCCCCUGCAGCCCCCGGCUCACCACUCCGCUGAACCGGCAGAGGCAGGCAAAGCGGAGACCUCAGAAGGCUCGGGUGCGGCCCCAGCUGUCCCGGAAGCCUCUGCCUCCCCCAAACAGCGGCGCUCCAUCAUUCGUGACCGGGGACCCAUGUAUGAUGACCCCACUCUGCCCGAAGGUUGGACCCGAAAGCUCAAGCAAAGGAAGUCGGGCCGCUCCGCUGGGAAGUAUGAUGUGUAUUUGAUCAAUCCCCAGGGAAAAGCCUUUCGCUCUAAAGUGGAGUUGAUUGCGUACUUCGAAAAGGUAGGCGACACCUCCCUGGACCCUAAUGAUUUUGACUUCACGGUAACUGGGAGAGGGAGCCCCUCCCGGCGAGAGCAGAAACCACCUAAGAAGCCCAAAUCUCCCAAAGCUCCAGGAACUGGCAGAGGCCGGGGACGCCCCAAAGGCAGCGGCACUGCGAGACCCAAGGCAGCGGCAUCAGAGGGUGUGCAGGUGAAAAGGGUCCUGGAGAAAAGUCCCGGGAAGCUGCUCGUCAAGAUGCCUUUUCAAGCUUCACCUGGGAGCAGGGCCGAAGGGGGCGGGGCCACCACGUCCGCCCAGGUCAUGGUUAUCAAACGCCCUGGCCGGAAGCGAAAAGCCGAGGCCGACCCCCAGGCCAUUCCCAAGAAGCGGGGGCGCAAGCCAGGCAGUGUGGUGGCGGCCGCUGCCGCCGAGGCCAAGAAGAAAGCCGUGAAGGAGUCUUCCAUUCGCUCUGUGCACGAGACCGUGCUCCCCAUCAAGAAGCGCAAGACCCGGGAGGCCGUCAGCAUCGACGUGAAGGAGGUGGUGAAGCCCCUGCUGGUGUCCACCCUGGGCGAGAAGAGCAGCAAGGGACUGAAGACCUGCAAGAGCCCCGGGCGGAAGAGCAAGGAGAGCAGCCCAAAGGGGCGUGGCGGCAGCGCCUCGUCGCCCCCCAAGAAGGAGCACCACCACCACCACCACCACUCGGAGCCCCCGAAGGCACCGGUGCCGCUGCUUCCGCCCCCGCCCCCGCCCCCGCCCGAGCCGCAGAGCUCCGAGGACCCCGCCAGCCCCCCUGAGCCCCAGGACUUGAGCAGCGGCGUCUGCAAAGAGGAGAAGAUGGCUAGAGCGGGCUCGCUGGAGAGCGACGGCUGCCCCAAGGAGCCGGCUAAGACUCAGCCCGCGGUCGCGACCGCCGCCACGGCCGCAGACAAGUACAAACACCGAGGGGAGGGAGAGCGCAAAGACAUUGUUUCAUCCUCCAUGCCAAGGCCAAACAGAGAGGAGCCUGUGGACAGCCGGACGCCCGUGACCGAGAGAGUCAGCUGACUUUACCCGGCGGACGCGAAGCGAACCAACAAGAAUAAAGGCAGCUGUCGUCUCUUCUCCUUCUGGGUAGGGCUCUGACAAAGCUUCCCGAUUAACUGAAAUAAAAAAUAUUUUUUUUUCUUUCAGUAAACUUAGAGUUUCGUGGCUUCAGGGUGGGAGUAGUUGGAGCAUUGGGAUGUUUUUCUUACCGACAAGCACAGUCAGGUUGAAGACCUAACCAGGGCCAGAAGUAGCUUUGCACUUUUCUAAACUAGGCUCCUUCAACAAGGCUUGCUGCACAUACUACUGACCAGACAAGCUGUUGGCCAGGCUUCUUAGGGUACGCCUGCGCCUCCCUCCCGUCCGACCUCACCCCGCCCCCCCAUGUGGCCAUUAGGGACAGAGAGUGCCAUGGGUGCCCCCGUCUCCGCUCUCCUCUCCCCCCCAACCCUGCCCCAC